AUGUUCCCCGGCGGCAGGGGCACAAGGGUGCGCCAAGCGCCCCGUGCCGCCCUGGGUGUCGCUGGUUUCGGCCAUGAUUGUCCAGGCCAGUCAGACCCGAUGCCAAAGACCCGACGUAUUUACGCGCUGUCGCGUCACGACCUCGAUGGCAGGUUCGACACCAUGGCCGUCGACCCUCAUUGCUACAGUUGCCAUGUCUGCUUCUCUGGCUUUAUCGAGAAGAAACCUGUUAUAGAUAUUUCGGGUAUCAAUCGAUCGAUCGGGGCCUUCCUUGUGUGCUGUGGCUGGGUCGACAACAAUGACGACGACGCCGCCACCCACGGCCCUAUCGCCCGCGGUAUUCGGAGGUCUGUUGCCGUCAACCUGGUCAACGACGUCGUCACAGCCGCUCUCAAGGCCGCCAAGAAAUUAUUAUCGCCUCCGCCCUGCGCCCCAACCAAUGCUCCACUGACACCGCCACCACAGCUGCAGGAGCAGUAG